AUGGAAGAGGAAGAGGUCUUGACACUGCGGCCACUGUUUGAAGAGACUUUGGUUGAACCGACCAAUCAGUUGGAAUUGGACUUUGGCCCAGGUCUCUUCUUUCGUUUGGCACAGCGCCCUGAACAGUUCAUCCGCUUGGAGCCUGCAGAGCUUUCGAAGAGCCCCACUGAGUGCACCCGUCGCACGGGUUGUAUGGCCUGGGAUGCUUCGGUGGUUCUUGCAGGCAUCCUGGCCAAUGUGUCCAAUGUGUCCAAUGUGGCCAAUGUGGCCAAUGUGGCUGGCAGCGGUGGCGAUUUCGAUGGCGCUGCAUUUUGGCGUCGCCUUGCAGCAGCAGGUGGUGGUGGUGGUGUCAUUGAGCUGGGCGCUGGAGAGACUGGGCUGGUGGGACUUAUGGCAGCAAAACUUCUCCAAUGCCACUGCUAUCUUACUGACCUACCUGACGUUGUCCCACAUCUUCAGCACAAUAUCGAUUCGAACAUCGCAGACAUCGCAGACAGCGCAGACGCAGACUUGUCACCGGGGAGACCUGGAUCUUUCGUCCGCGCCACGGCAUACCAAUGGGGCGAAAGCACUGCAUUGCCACGACCCUCGGGCUUGAUCCUGGCUGCAGACUGCCUCUACGACACGGAGAAUGUAGAGCCCUUUGUAGAUGCUCUACUAGAACUUUCUGGUCCCAGCACUGAAUGCCUUGUGGCUUUUGACACGGCUUUGAACCGCUGGGGUGCCUACGAUGCUUUCUUAGCGCAUGCUCAGGAGCAUUGGCGAGUAGAAACCUUGCCAUGGGAAGUGCAGCUGAAAGGCUUCCGAAAGAAUGAGGUCAAAGUGUAUUGGUUGAGCCGAGAACCUCAACGCUUUGAUCAAAAAGGUCCAAGUGUGAAAGCGCUGGUACCAGGAAAGGAAGCGACAGUGGGGCGGAGCCUGUGCGAUCCCACCUUCGGGAAAGCAGGCAUUGUUUACAGCCCUGAACGCAUUGCCGAGUCUUGGGAGGACUUUUUGGAUGCUUUGGGUUUUCUCCGGAGCAGUCCAAUUCGACAACAUGUGCGGCAGCUUUUCAGCCGUGAAGACUUGGAGGAGCAAUUGCAAGGCUUAUUCGAUGCACUUUCUGGUGGACAGCCUGCACUUGACAAAGGCAGCUUCUUGAAUUUCAGUUCGAAGAUUCGUGGUCAGGUGCAUGUUUUGCUGGACAUGAAGACCAAAAUUGCGCUUCUUCCACCAACAGUCGAGGACUCUCAAUGGAUUCAGCAGAGCUUUGAUGCCGUCUUUCCACCGGAAGCGCCCUUGGACCGCAACGCCUUUCCAGGCGUUGCCAAGUUGGUGCUCCUGCGACGAGUGGUCCGAACACUCAUUGAGUAUGUGGGCAUUGAAGAACUCAAGGGUGGAAUGGCGGCACCACUUGUGGUCGACAUAGCCGUGGAGCUACAAACAGGGCAGCCCUUCCACCUUGGUACAGUUGCUCCCAGCUCAGCACCAUCUCGAAGUGGAGAACGUUUAGAUUUGAUCGCUGAGUAG